UUUAUUUUUUUCUUCAGAUCAACAGCUAUCGCAGAAGAGAAAGCCGCAUCGGCGCCUUUGAUAGUUUUCUACACUGAUAAUGGUUUCAGUGAUCCCUCACUGAUCAUAGGAAUGAAGGACUUUGCUGGGAGCUGUUGAAGGAUUCUGACUGAGUGUUUAUAUUCUUCUCAAGAGCUUGAAAAUGGAUAAGAAAUAUAAGCCACUGAUUUUGGUCUUCCUAAUCCUAUUCAUCGGACAUGUUUCAGGAACAGCCAUUCCACCGCCUAGAAAUAUGGAAGUGCAUAUUUCAGAAGAUGAAGUAACGGUUCGGUGGGAAAAUCCUGAAAAUGCCCCAUCAGACCCAGUGUAUAACUUUCAAAUAGGAAGGUAUGGCACAUCAGACUGGGCUAAUGUAUCCAGCUGCAUGGGGAUCGCAAGGAACUACUGCAUCCUUACCACACAUAUUAAAAAAAUAAAAGAAUAUACAAGUUCCUAUAAAGUCAGAGUUCAGCUCGUCAAAGGAGAUCAACAGUCUGACUGGAUAUGGAAAAGAUUUCUUCUAAAUGAAGGUGAAUUGCAGCCUCCUUCCUUUAGUUUGUGGGCUACUUCCAGCACACUUACAGUCUAUGUCCAUGAAAAGCCCAUCUUGAGAGAAAUCUAUCCCUAUGGAGUUGUCUACACGUUGUAUUUGGAGGAAACUGAUCAAGAAAACAAGACUACCACAGUUUACCUGGAAGACGAUGAGGGAUUGCCUGAAGGGAGGAAGAAGACUUUCACUGGUCUCCAGUGGGAAAAAAAGUACUGCGUCAGCGUCGAAGUCAAAGCCAAUGGUCGUAUCUACAAAAGCAACGCGUCUGCAAAACAGUGCCUGCUCCUCCCAGAGCAAGAAUUUUACAUAAUAGCUGUAUCAUCCUUAUCUAGUCUUGGGGCCCUGAUAGUUGUCGUUGUUGUGAUCUGCAUUCCGUUGGUUUACCUAAAGCGGCCUGCAAAAACGCCUGUAGCAUUGAAAUCCCCUGUGAGUGGCUGGAAGCCGCUUUCUGUCACAGAAGGGUCCAUGGAGGUGGUCACGGACAAAGGAUGGUUUCUUUCCAGUUACAGACCUGACGCAAAACCCGCAGUGACCGAGACCAGUCUUACAGUAAUAGAGGAUGGUGAGGAGGAGAACAGGAGGACCAGCUUGGACAGCGGGGUCAGCGUAGAGGCGAACUCCUCGGCAGACAACAGAGGACAACAUCAAGAGAGACAAGAGGACAGCGGCUGUGGGAGCAUGGGAAGCCCGGAGAUCUCAGCCCACAGUCACACAGAUUACCCUAUGCAGGAUGAAAGCAUGGAAGCGGAUGAUGUCAGCAAGAGGGAGGACAGCGGGAUGGGAUUGGAUUGCCCACACCAUUCCUCGUUCUUGAAACUUGACAGCCAGGACACAAAAUCUCUUGUCGAGACAGUCAUUGUUGGGAACUACCGCACCCAGAGCCCGUCUGAGAUGCAGAUUCAAAGCAGAGGCAGUGAGAACAUGUUAAAACAGAUCCCUGCACACUCAGUGUUGGCUGACGUGGUGACGGGAUACAAGCCCGGGCCGCAGUCCUGUAUCUGUUCACUAACAGGCCAGUGCAGCUGGUGCCACAGACACGGCAGUUACGGAUCCGAAGGAACCAAACUGUGCAGAGCAGUGUGCAUCGAAAACGUGCUGCUUGGUGGGACAAGUGACCUGGUGGACUCAAGCAGAGUCGGUAAAACACACAUGGACUCUCUUAUAAUAAAUUUGGAAGAGUCACUUUUACAUGUGUCUGACACAUUUCCCCUACUGACGUCAAAAUACGAACAGGACAGCAACAUGAACAAUAUAUCCCUCUCCCUCUGUGACGUUCAGCUGACAUCUGACUGACAUGGUGUGGAAUGCAACACUAUUUAUACAUCCCUCCUGACGUACACAUCACAUUGAAUAUUUUGAAACGGAAGUGAAUAGGUUGCGAAAUGCUCUGAAAGAUUCAGCCGGUAGGACGAAACAAAUCAAGUCGCACUCUGGUUUUAACCCAAGCGGGGAAAAAAACAAGUUAAAUGGGAAAACUACUGACUGUUAACCAUCCCUGAUGCCUUGUGAGCUUGUUGAUUGAAGAAGUUCUUCAAACCUGCUUCUCUGGGUGAAUCGUUGACUGACUAAACUGCACAUGCCGGAAAUGAAACCGGUACGAGGAGCACUGUGAAAAAAAACUGUGACAGUUACCCGCUUUAACAUUUCACGACUUCACCUCCUCCGUCUACGACGUGUCGUCUUUCAAGUUCUUUUUUCUUUUUAAUGGAGAACUGCUUCACGUACGCCUACAGUAUUAAAUGGAGCAGAAAAAGAAGCAAAAAAAAAAGGAGCGAAACGUUCAUGCUGUUUUUGUUCAGCCUCAGCAAGUAGCCAUCCUAGACUACAUUCUGUUGAGACUACUUAUGUUGUGUUUCUAAAAAUAAAUGUAUUUAUUUCAUAUUUCAAAA